AUGAGACAAUGCCAGCUAUCAAUCGAAGGCAUGACCUGUGCGGUGUGUGUCAAUUCUGUUACAAAGCAAAUCAAUAAACUCGAUUACAUUAAUAAUUGUAAAGUGUCGAUAGUAACUAAUGAAGCGAUUAUCGUUUAUGAUAGUGAUGUGGAACAAUCCGUAAAUUUCAAAGAGAUUGUAGAAGACUGUGGGUUUGGCUGUAGAGUGAUCAGUGACACAGUGUUAGAGGAUGAGUCGCGCUAUGUCAAAGAGGCCAAACUGAAAAUUAUUAGAAGUGACUAUUCAGGAGUACAAGAGAAGCUUGUCAGUUUGAAUUCUCAUCCUCUUAUUAAAGAGGCAUCACUAGUUGGUGUUGAUAUUCUUUCAAUUCGGUUCAAUCAGAUGGAAAUCGGGAUACGGGAUUUGAUUGACCUUAUCAAGUCUGAAACAGACCUCGAUGCAAUACUCGAGGUGACAGACCAUAUUGGAAGUGAUGGUGGACAGUCUCAACUGAGAAUCUUGUCUAAAUACUAUGAAACGCUUUUUUGGAAAUCUACAUGUCUGAAGGCAUGCCUAUGUGGCGUACUUACCAUGACAUUGUACAUGGGCUUGCCUAUGCUGAUUCCAUCAAUGGUUUCAAAGGGAAUUUUUCCAUACAUGGAGACAGAGCAUUUGAAGGGGUUAUAUUAUCGUGAUAUUAUCGGCUUUAUAGUCGCAACUUUUGUACAAUUUAAAAUAGGCAGCGUCUUUUACAAAGCUACGUGGAAUUCGUUAAAAAGCGGGACAGGCACUAUGGACACUUUGAUAUGUAUAUCAACAACUACAGCAUAUUGCUUUUCAGUCGUAUCUAUUAUUUACAACAUUAACUUGGCAUCUACUUCUCAAGUACAAGGAAAACUUCCCAUGGUUGUUUUUGACACAUCGGUAAUGUUGAUCGCAUUUAUUUCAUUGGGCAAAUUAAUGGAAAAUAAGGCAAAAUCACAAACUUCAAGUGCUCUAGCAAAACUGAUUUCCCUAACGCCAUCAACUUGCUUUUUGGUAGAGGCAAGAAAUGCGGUAACUGAAAUACCUGUUGAAUAUUUACAGAUCAAUGACAUUGUGGAUGUCAAACCUGGAAUGAAAAUCCCAACAGAUGGUGUAAUAACGAAAGGAGAUACAGAAAUAAAUGAAUCCCUCAUAACUGGUGAAUCGAAUUUGGUUUAUAGAAAGGAAGAUGAUUUUGUAAUUGGUGGUACAAUAAAUGGGCCGGGACACAUUCAAUUUAAAGUAACUUCAAUUGGACAGGAUACAAAAUUAUCGAAUAUAAUCAAAAUAAUGAAGAUCGCACAGUUAGAGAAAUCUGAAAUUCAAUGUUUUGCUGAUAAAUUAGCAUCUAUUUUUGUGCCAACUAUAGUACUCUUAUCCUUUGUCACUUUGUUAGGAUGGCUAAUAAUUUUCCACUAUAGAAAAGAUGUCAUGAACCCAUUCUUUACGGCAUUGCAGAUAUCUACCAGUGUCAUUAUCGUAGCGUGUCCUUGUGCCUUAGGUCUGGCAACCCCAACUGCAAUAAUGGUUGGUACAGGAAUUGCCGCUGGAAAUGGUGUAUUGUUCAAAAACUCGAACGUUAUUGAAAACUUCAAUGCAAAGGAUAUCCAUGGAUUUAUUUUUGACAAAACAGGUACAUUGACAAUGGGAAACAUGAAGGUGGUAAAUUUCAUAAAAUAUACUAAUGAGAUUAUUAACUUUGAGGAAUCAGUUUUUUGGAAAUUAAUAAAAGCUACUGAAUUAUUAAGCGAGCACCCUGUAGCCAAAAGUAUAGUCUCAUAUUGUGACAGUAAAUUACGUGACACUGAGACUGAUGCUACUGUGAUUAGUAGUGAGAUUGUCCUGGGACAGGGUAUCAAAUGUUCUUGUGAGCUUGAUGGUCAGAAAUAUGAAAUAAAACUUGGCUCAGGACAUUUAUUGUUUCCUGAAACAAGCGACAUACCAAAUGAAGACGGUUACGUUUUAUCAUUUAUUACUAUUAAUGGUACAUUAUGUGGUAAAUUUGAGAUAACAGACGAAGUUAAAAUUGAUUCACUUCAGAUAGUUAACUUUUUACAAAGGCGUGGAUUCCAAGUAUAUAUGAUAACUGGUGAUAACAAAGAAUCUGCAACGAAAAUUUCAAGAAAAUUGAAUAUCGAAAGAAAUAAUUGUUACUAUGAUGUUUCACCGGAUGGCAAAUGCGAGAUAAUUAGAAAUUUACAGGAUACCAAGGGCAGAAUUGUCUUUGUUGGUGAUGGUAUCAACGAUUCACCUGCAUUAGUCACUAGUGACAUUGGCGUUGCAAUUUCCACAGGAACAGAAAUUGCUAUGGAAGCUUCCGAUAUUGUUAUUCUGAGUAAUGACGAGAUACAUCAAGAUACUCAUGAAUUAAAAAGAUUGGUGUAUGCUCUUGAUAUAUGUGAGCACACGUAUAGAAGAAUUAAGCUCAACUUAUUUUGGGCUUUAUGCUACAAUAUGUUUAUGAUUCCACUUGCAAUGGGAGUAUUAGUUCCUUGGGGAAUACAAUUGCAUCCAAUGGUAGCUGGUUUAGCGAUGGCUUGCAGUUCAGUGAGUGUUGUCCUAAGUUCUUUAAGAUUGAAACAAUGGCGACCACCAAGAAUUGAUGAUUUAGAAGGCAAUACUAGUUCAGACUAUGAAGAGAAUUUCAGCUGGAGCAAAUGGUUUGACAGAAGAGACUAUACGAUUGUUUCACAAGAUUUAGAAUUACAAAGUAAUGUCUAA